AUGGCUGACGAGGCGUGGCUGUCCGGAGGGGAUCUGCUGGACCUCGGCUCGGGAGACGCGCCCGCGUCCGUCGCCGCCGCGCCGGCGCCGCUCGUCGUGUCCCCGCUAAACGACAUCACGAAGAUGGCCAACCUCAAGCCGGUGCGAACCGCGGUCCCGCCGGGGUCCGCGCUCCACCGAACGCUGAGCAUCGAGUCCUCCGGGAAGGCCUCGACGGUUUCCGACGGUCCCUUCCCAUUCGCGCCGUCGCCCGUCGCGUCCAAGCCCUCCGCGGCGGCCAAGUUCACGCCGAGCGCGACGAAGAUGACGACAUCGUCCGUCGCCGCACCCGUUGCACCCGUCGCCGCCGCGCCGUCGCCCGUGUUCAAACCCCCAUCGAGGGUCAUCGCGCCGGCCCCGUCGCCGGGGCCCGAACCCUCCCCCAUCGCCGUCGCGCCGUCGCCCGUGUUCAAACCCCCGGGAGCCGGCUCUCGGUUCGCCCCCAGCGGCGGCGCGACGUUCAAGACGGCGGCGACGCCCGAGUCGCGCGCCAAGCCGCGAGGAGGCGCGUCGUCGUCGUCGGCGGCGAGGCACAACAGGCGCAAGUCGCUCGGGCUGGACGCGUUUUCGUGCUUCGAGGCGGGCGGCGGACUGGACGACCUGGACCUCGCGGGUGGCGGGGCGUUGGACCUGGACGAUCCGACCGCGGAUUUUGUCUUUGUCCCGGCGAUGACGCCCAAGGGGAAGGGCGCGAGGGCGGCGGCGGCGUUCGCGCCGUCGCCGGUGAGGGAGGAGCCCGAGGAGGAGGACCAACCCGUUGAGGCGGCGGCGGCGGCGGCGGCGGAGGAGGAGGAGGAGGAGGCGAUGGAGAUGAAGAAGGCGGAGAUGAAGACGGAGGAGGCGCCGAUGCCCGCCUUCGAGUUGUCGCCGAUCGUCACGGUCGAGCCCGAGCCCGCGAUGCCCGAGCCCGCGAUGCCCGAGCCCGCGAUGCCCGCCGCCGCCGCGGACGACGAUUUUGAGCGCAAGCUCCUCGCCGCCAUGGCCGCGGCUGAGCGGGGCGGCGGUUUGUCCGCGCUGGGCGGAGGAGUCGCCAACACGCCUCCGGGCGCGGUCAAGACGUACCCCGCCGCGGUGGAUCCCGAGCCGUCGCCCAUCGCCGAGCCGGAACCGGAACCGGAGUCGGCGCCGGAGCCCGCGCCGGAAAACGCAGCCGCGGAGGAGGUCGAGGCGGCGGCGCCGGCGGCUCCAGUCGACGACGAAUUCGAGCGCAAGCUCCUCGCUGCCAUGGCCGCGGCUGAACAGGGGGGUGGCUUGUCCGCGCUGGGCGGAGGAGUCGCCAACACGCCCCCGGGCGCGGUCAAGACGUACCCCGCCUCGGCUGAAAGCCCCGCGGGGGAGGAGGCGAUUAAAGAGCCGACGCCGGUGAAGGAUCCGACGCCGGUGAAGGCUCCGACGCCGGUGAAGGCCCCGACGCCGGUGAAGGCCCCGACGCCUGUGAAGGCCCCGACGCCUGUGAAGGCCCCGACGCCGCCUCCCCCCGCGGUUGACGACGAGUUUGAGCGCAAGCUCCUCGCCGCCAUGGCCGCGGCUGAGCAGGGCGGCGGGCUCGGCGCGUUGGGAGGCGGGGUGCAGAACUCGCCCCCGGGCACGGCGCGGGCGCCAGUGCAGAACUCACCGGCGCCAGUCGCGGCCGCGGAGCCCGAGCCCGAGCCCGAGUCCGAGUCCGAGCCCGAGGCGGCCGACGAAGAUCGAGCGAUCGAGGAAGUCGGCGAGGAGGAUGAGACGGUGGUGGUUUCUUGCGAAGACGAUACCGUGGUCCUCGAAGGUGAGGCGGCGCCGGAGCCCGAGGAGGAGGAUCACGAGCCCGUGUCCGCGAUGAAGGGUGACAUGACCAUGAUGGACGUGUCGAUGAUGGACGUGGACGGCGGCGCGACGCCCGCUCCGCCGCCGCCGCCCGCCGCCGCUCCCCCCGCGGUUAACGACGAGUUUGAGCGCAAGCUCCUCGCCGCCAUGGCCGCGGCUGAGCAGGGCGGCGGGCUCGGCGCGUUGGGAGGCGGGGUGCAGAACUCGCCCCCGGGCACGGCGCGGGCGCCAGUGCAGAACUCACCGGCGCCAGUCGCGGCCGCGGAGCCGUUACAGCCGUUACAGCCAGAGCCGGAGUCCGAGCCCGCGGCGGUCGACGCCGAGGAGGAAGUAUUCAACGAUAUUCCGUGCUUCGAGACCAACAAGAUGAAGCGCCACCGCGUCGCCGAGCUUCGCGAGGCGUGCGUGCGCCGCGGCUUGAGCGACGACGGCAAGAAAGACGAGCUCAUCGAGCGACUUCAGCGGUGGAACGACGCCGCGGCAAAGGCGGCGGCGCCCGCGAAGGAGGAUCACGAGGAUGAGCCCGAGGAGGAGACACACGAUCCGAUGUCCGCGAUGAAGGGAGACGUGUCCAUGAUGGACGCGUCGAUGAUGGACGCUGACGAGCCGCCCGAGGAGCCGUUACAGCCGUUACAUCCGGAGGAGACCCCGGCGAAGAGGACGCCGGGGCGACCCCCGCGACCGUCGGCCAGCGCCAAGAAGACCCGAACGUCCCCGGAGCGGGAAGCGGAGCCGUUACAGCCGUCACAGCCGUUACAGCCGGCGGCGGCUUUCCCUCCUCCUCCCCCCCCGCCGCCGACCAUCCUCGCGGCGGCGGCGGCGGCGGCGGCGGCGGCGGCGGCUCCCCCGCCUCCGCCCCUGCCCCCCGCGCAGUGGAUGAGGAGGGUGACGACGACGACGACGGCGGCGCCCGCGCCGGCGCCCGUGGCGGUACCCGUCGCGCCCGUGGCGGCGCCCGCGCCCGCGCCCGUGGUGGCGGCGCCCGCGCCCGUGGCGGCGGCGCCGUUCGCGCGAGCUUCCGCGUCGGUUUCCCAUUCGCACGCGUCGCCGCCGGCUGCGCCGGCGGCGCGCCGACCCGUGCCCGUCGUCGACUUUGGGUGCUCCCCCGUCGUCAAGGCGGCGCCGGUGUCGAGGAUCCCCAAGCCGCCGGCGCCGGUGCAUCACGUCGCGCCGAUGCAUCACGUCGCGGAGCCGUUACAGCCGUUACAGCCGGCGCGCCGCGCGAAGUCGUCGGAGCGACCCGCGUGGGUGACGGACGCGACCGAGCCGGCGCCGGUUCGCGUCGCGACUGAGCCGGUGCCGGUUCACGUCGCGCCGGUUCAGGUCGCGACCGAGCCGGUUCACGUCGCGCCGGUUCACGUCGCGCGCGUCGCCCACCCCCCCGGCGCGACGACGAACGAUGCCCCCGUCGCGGACGAUUUCGAGGCGAGGCUCGCGGCGGCGAUGGCGGCGGCGGAGGCUGGCGGAGGGCUCGCCGCCGCCAUCGCCGGCGGCGGCGGCGGGGUGAUGAACUCGCCGCUCGGCGGACGCGGCGGCGGUCGCGUGGACCUGAAGGCGGAGGCGAGGAGGCUGGGGAUGACCGCGGCGCAGUUGCGACACGAGGGGAUGCACCAGUGCGACUCGCCGUUGAGGUAG